GGUGUCAUGUGUUUGUGAGUGAUCGCUCCCAAACUUAUCGCGCAAUUACGUCUCUAUCGUUUUUAAUCGUCACUUGUCUAGUUUUAUCUAGUCACCUUCUACACCAGUGAGUGUAAAGGACGGCUAGUGAACAAUAGAAAAACAACUUUGAUAAAAAAAUAUUUUUGUGAAAAUGAAGGUUAUCACUUCUGUUAUUGUUAUUUUCGCCGCUGUUGCAACAUCUUCCGCCAGUCUGCAAUGUGAACAUGCAAAACCGAAUAUUCCAAAGGAUUGGAUAGAUAUGGUUAAACCAUGUGUACAAAAGAUGAGAGCCCAAAUCCAAACCGAAUUGGAAGCUUCAAUUCAAUAUUUAGCAAUGGGUGCCCAUUUCUCCAGGGACAAAAUAAAUAGACCCGGUUUUGCAAAAUUCUUUUUCCAAUCUGCUAGUGAAGAAAGGCAGCAUGCGCUCAAAUUGAUUUCCUAUUUAUUAAUGCGAGGUGAAUUAACCUCAAAUGUCAGCAAACUGAUAAAGAGAACGAUUGUACCAGGUACUUUAUCGUGGGUAAGUGGUGUUGAUGCCCUGAAAGAUGCAUUACGCUUGGAGGCAAAAGUGACAAAAAGCAUUCGUGGUGUUAUCGAAGAGUGUGAACAACCAAAAGAAGAAGAAGGAUUUGGGUUUAAUGAUUAUCAUUUGGUAGAUCACUUGACUGGGGAAUUUCUCGAAGAGCAAUACAAAGGUCAACGUGAUUUGGCUGGUAAAAUAUCAAACCUCGAAAAAAUGAUGGAUGAACACAAAGCUUUGGGAGAGUUUAUGUUCGACAAACAUUUGUUGGAUGAGCUGUAGAAAUUGUAAAUUUAUUUACGUAGUAAUGUAAGCAUGGUUUAUUCCUAUAAUAGACUUUGUGAUAUUUCUUAUCAAUUUAUAUUUUCAGAGUAAUUUAGAAGUGUAUAAAAAUAGUUUCUAUCUUGUAAUAUCUGUAUAUGAUUCUUUAAAUAAAUAGUGAUGUCGAAUA